AACACGCGGUGCUCUCGGUCAGUGCACUCAUUGGUGCGAGUUUUCCUCUAAGCGUCGUAUUAUGGUAAUAUAAAUUGACCAACCGUAGAGCAAAUUCGGUUAGUUCGUUAAAGUUGAUUAAAGCCAUUUAACCGGGACGGACACGACGAAACGAACGGCGCGGGCUCGGUUCCGAGGGUUCGGCUAAAUGAACUUAAAUUGUUUAAUAUCGUCGUCGAUAAAUUGAGUUUAGGUCGAGCUCACGCAGCUCGACGUAGGUGCUUGCGGCAUCGAGGCCGCCGCGACGGAGUCGAGAGAGGUUGGCGCGGAGGUAGCGGGCUCGCAGGCGCCCGCCGCCGACGGCUACAUGUACGUGUGCGGGGACCCAGCCGGCAGUGCCGGCCCGCGCUACGAGUGCUCCUUCGAGCCAGCGCCGGGAUCCAUGGACCAACCUACCUUCGAGGAACACAUGUUCAGCGAGUUUGGCAAGGACAGACAAGUGCAAGUGGUGGUUGGAGCUGGAGGUGAACUGCAGUAUCGGGAAGAGUUACCAGUGUUCGCGUCUAGUGCUGACCAGAAGAGAAAAGACGAGCCGCUACUUCUGCAGCAGGUCGAAGCGCCUACGCAACACGCGGCACACCCACCUCCGCCUCCACCACCGACCACGAAGAAAAGUGAUAAGAAAAAGAGUGAAAAUAAUGGCAUUAAAAAGAAGAAGACCAGAACUACUUUUACGGCGUAUCAACUUGAAGAGCUCGAAAGGGCUUUUGAGCGCGCGCCGUACCCCGACGUCUUCGCUAGAGAAGAGUUGGCUCUUAAAUUAAAUCUAUCGGAAUCACGAGUUCAGGUAUGGUUCCAAAAUAGAAGAGCAAAGUGGCGAAAACGCGAACCACCACGCAAAACUGGAUACAUUGGCUCCAGUUCACCUAGCUCCACAACCUUAAGCGGUGGCUUUUCGGGAAUUAGUGGGAAUCUUCCUGCUUUUCCUCAGAAUGGCUUGCCAGCUCCAGCGGACUCAUGGUCGUAUCAGCAUUCUUACGAAUUAUCUUCUCAUCAUUUAUUAUCUUCUGGUAGCAGUGGGUACCCAGCAUUUAACACUCAACCGGCAGCUUAUUCUUAUACCACAGUUCUCAACGGUCACGACGGUCAAAUGUUUGCUCCGAGACAUUCCUACGAAUACGGCGAAGGAAGUCCACCUCCCCUGGGUGUUCGAGAUUACCCAAUGAUAGCAGCUCAUUCCCCACAAAUGGAAGCUCAUGGGCACGAGGAGAAGUUGGAAUAUCGUAACCAUGAACACGAAGACAAAUACUCCGCGUGUGCGAUGCAAGAAGAGCCGCGGUAUGGCGCCCCUCCAGAAGACUAUGACAAAUGUGGGAUUGUCCAACACGACAAACACUAUGACAUGGAUCGCCACGCUGACUUAGCGCAGCCUGUAGUCGUUAAAAUGGAACCUAGCCCAGGCCAAGCAUAUACUACAUCACUGCCCCCUUUUUUGAAUUGAAAUACUCUUUUUCGAAAUUGUCUGAUAGUUUCAACUAAUUUCGAAAAAGGGUAUUAUUCUCUUCGUUUAUUGGAAGACUCUUUGGAACUGAAAU